AUGAAUUGGAAGGAAGGCAGGUCAUAUUCUGCUGUAUGGAAGUACUCGCUUUCCUAUAUAGACGACGUUAUCAAAAUGGCAGCAAAUACAAGGACAACUCCGUACGAAUUUGGCCGAAUGAUUCUUCUUAAACGUAGUAAAAAAGCAACGACUGUUAGUUACAUUGGAAUUGGUCUCACUUUUCUCUUUUUGGGUCUCUUGUAUUCCAUUUCCACCAACGGUGCUUCCACACCCUCUUUCGUCAUAUGGUCUAUUUACUGCGCUCUCAUAUUCUAUAUACAUCUUGUUCUUGUUUACUUUCUGCACUUCAAUUCCGUGCCCGCUGGAGAAGUCCCUUCGGUUGAAGAAUAUCAAAUCAUUGACACCUACGCGUCUGGUGUCCGUACUCCUCCUGUAUGCUCCCCUCCUCAGUAUGCACAUUAUUCCAAGGAUCCCUACUCCUAA